AUGGGUCAAGUUCUUUCUCGUUUUAAUAUUCAUUUACACACUCGUAUGAAUCAGUAUGAGAACAAUCUGAUACCAAUUCAUUACAAGUGUCGUAAUUGUGGUAUACCAUGUGAUAAAUCGAAAUCGACAACAACGUGUGUCAAUGCAAAAUAUACCCGAACAGGUACGAAAGAGCAACCGUUAGUUAAUCGAACGGUUGUACCAGAUAACAAAGUUCGUUGGUCAACAUCUUAUGAUUAUCAUCCAGUUGAAUUCACAUCCGAAAAAGUUAAAAGCUCAACGAAGGAAUAUGUUGAUCGCGAUCCUCGAUUCGAUUUAAGUGUAACAAUUCCAUGGAAUCAAGAUGAUCGAGGGUGUGAUAGAAGAUCAUAUCAUGGUAUGUACAAAAUCGUUGGGCGUGUCCCACAAAAUCCAUGUGGACGAACGGGUAUAACUGGACGAGGACAUCUUGGUCAUUUUGGUCCUAAUCAUGCUGCUGAUCCGAUUGUUACACGUUGGAAACGGGAUGCCAAUAAUCAAAUAGUUAUGCAUCCAACAACGCAAAAGCCUAUUUUACAAUUUGUUUGUAUAUUACGAAAAGAUACUCGGGAAUACGCUAUACCGGGUGGAAUGGUUGAGAAAAAAGAGAAAGUUACCGAUACGUUACAACGCGAAUUUCAUGAAGAAACAUUGAAUUUUCCAGAUAUGAAUGAACGCGACAAGCAAAGAUUACUAGCAACAAUAAAAGAUGUUUUUGAAAAUGGUGGUAUUCGAAUCUAUUGUGGUUAUGUCGAUGAUCCAAGAAAUACAGAUAAUAGUUGGAUGGAAACAACAGCAUACAAUUUUCAUGAUGGUAGCAACGAACAUCUGGCAUUGAUCAAUGUUCACGGUGGAAGUGAUGCUUUAAGUGCGUUUUGGCACGAUCUAGGUUCGGAAACACCAUUGUAUGCAAGUCACGCCGAAUUUUUGAAGAAGGUCGCCGAUAUUCAUCUAGCACACUGGUAG